GCAAGGGUCUAUGUGCCACUAGUCCCUCUGCGCAAAAUCUGCUGUGGCAACGUUUUCUUGAUGAAGAAUCUGGCCUGGAAGAAUGCUCGCGUCAGACGAGGGCGACUUGCUCUAAGGAGAAGACCUCCUCUUGCUCCUCUACUUCUAAGGAGAAGACCUCCUCUUGCUCCUAUACUUCUAGGGAGAAGACCUCCUCUUGCUCCUCUACUUCUUCAUCUCCCUCUACCACGCUUGCACUCCUUCGAAGAGGGUCGUGUUGUACUAAGCUUGAAGAUCUACGAGACACUUUCUCCGGUUUAGCAGAGAAGCUUCAGGAAGGAAGACGACGGAACUGUGAUCGAGCUGAGGAGCGUGAGUUCUUGCGCAGACAAAGAGCCUUGCAUUGGCAUCCUGGCUAUCGAGGGUUGCUGCGUGAAGUUGCCGAUUCUUGCGCGAAGAAAGUAGAGCUUGCCGGAGCAGAAGAAUCAAGCCUCGACGUUGACGAGGCUUUAUUACGCAAUGAUGAUGCAGCACCUCUUGCCAGUUUGGCGGAAUCGAUUGCAAUGUGCAACGAGGGAGCCGCAGCCCACCGUUGGAAUUGGAAACACACUGAGGAGUUAGUAGAGGCCUUUAGUGCUUGUACUUGCAACUACGAGUUCGCAGCAAAUGACUCCAUCGGGAAGCUUCUUGCAGCCUGUGCAAAGCUCAGUUUCUAUUGCCAGGAAUUAUGUAACGAAGGCAUUAGGAGACUGGACGACAUGUCCAUACUUAAGGCUACAAGAAAUCCAUCUUCACGUGCAUCCUGAGACCGUUUUCAAGGGGAAAAAGGUUCUAAGAUGCGUUUCAAGAUGGAUUUCUCUUGGGUCUAACAUACGUCGAACCGAUGCCAUCCGCAUCCUCCUGGCAGCAGCGACUCUAGGACACGAGAUGACAACGACGAAAUCCGAAAAAAGCGUAUUGCAAUGGCUGCUCUCGGAAGAGUCGGAAAGAUUUUGGUUGCCAGGUGCGGAAGGAGACGGCUCCCCGCGAAGGCUGUUGCAAUUAAGUUACGCUUUGACGCUUUUGCAAGUGAGCUGUAGUACUACAAAGUACUCAAAAGGAUCAACAUCAAGACGCUCGAGGCUUCCUGCAUGGCUUUGGACCCGGUUAGAAGAAAUCAAAAAGCUACAACCCACUGGUCGAAUCCCUGAGUGGCGGAUGUUGGCUCCGGUUUUGGUUCUGAAUGACACGGACAUCAGCACCAUGACCGGACGAGAGGAGGAUAGAUUUGAAUUUCUUGGCAACCAGCACCAGCGACCAGAGCUGCAACUGCUCAAGCCUAGCGACAACAGUGAAACCGGUGGUUCACAGAUGGAACGCAAUAUCCGUGCUUUUUUAACAGCGCCCGAGGUUAGCUUUGGUGGAGGAGGGGGUUUGAGGUUCCGCUCAAGCUCAUCUUCAUUAAUUACAAGUUCUCUAGCAUUGGAAUGGAAAAAGCGGUACGGACUGUCUGUGGAUUUCGUUUUGGAACUACUACACGAAGAAAAAUCAUCCUCAAGGUCGUGGACCAUUCUGUUCGAGGUAGAUGGUCCCGCACACUUUUGUCUCUAUCCUGGCCUAUCAAGGCCUCUAGGACGUACUCUCGCGAAACGGGCGAUGUUGGAGCGCCUGUGUGCGGUUCACAGACGGAUGGGUGGACAAUGGAUCAAAGAGCAAAGUUCAAGUGGUGGACUCGAAAAUGGGCAGAAGACUGGAGAUGAAAGCCUUCCAGGAGUACAAUCGUUGUCGACGAUAAGCAUUCCGUAUUUCGAGGUCGUCAAGAAAGUUGGUAGUUCCUUGUUCCCUAGUACGGGAGGAGACAAUCGAGACACUACGGCAGCUUGCGCGGCAUACAAAGGCGAUGGCGCAGUGGACUACGAAAGAGUUUGGAACUACGUGAGAACAAGGCUUUGGGGAGAAGAGGGUGUGGGAGAAGAGGGCGUGGUGAAUCAAGUUUCAACUGCAUUGUAGAAAUUGUACAAUAGUAGAAGGGAAGAGGUACUUAGUGACAGAACAGAUUUUCAGUACCAUUUCAAUCUAAGUAAACAACAUCGAUUGCUUUUGCAUUACCCGUAUUCCUUUUUUUUAAAAUGUACCCGUCGAGCACUCUGUUGUAUUAUGUCAUUACUUGAUGCAAAUGUGAUGGAUCGUUGCAUUCUACACAGCGCACUGAUUGGUUUCGAAUUUACCUAAAGAAACAAGUUAUGAGCACC